CAAUUUAAAUAAAAUAAAAUAAAAUCGUAAUAGAUCUCAAUAAAUCUCAAUAAAUCUCGAAACAGAAAUAAAUACCGGGAUUUAUUAAAAGAUCCUAAUAAAUCCCAAAUAAAUAAAUACCGGGAUUUAUUAAAAGAUCCUAAUAAAUCCCAAAUAAAUAACUCCCGGUAGCUGCUGCCUAAUUUGGCAGACCUCUUUUUUGAUCAUGCAAUUAGUGUAUUCGCCAAGACUGCCGGAGAACAAUCAGUUUAACAGAAAAUUUUGUCAUCCUGUCGUAUACCACUCCUUUAUUUUACUGUUCCUUUUUCACAACUACUAACAUCCUUAGCAUGUUUCAGCAUCUUCAGCACCUGUCCAGCACCUUCGACACUUUAUCGUAAAAUUUGGUGCUUGGAGUCAGCACUUUCCCCCUUGAACAAUAUACACCUAAGCUAAUAUCUGUAUAGUGCAUUCAUAGAAGAUACGUGUGCCUAUAGAACUUGUUCUAUGUCAUAGAAAACAUUGACGGAAAUUCGCAUAUUGCUUUCCUUUUUAUUUUUCAUAGUCCUACUUUCAAACAUCAUUCUUAGGAAACAAUUUGUUCAAAAAUUCUCUGAAGUGAUCCAGGUACCAUCUCGGUGCAAUCUUCAAAAAAAUCGUGUAAUGUUACUCUUUUUUAUUGGUAUAGUGUACUAAGGUAAACAACUUGCAAUGUAUCGUAUGAAUUUUAUUCUUACUCGUAAGACAAGGAUCAACAACAUUAUAUAUCUAUUAUUAUUCAUUGUUUUAAUUUUUGUUUGGAGUAGACCUACAUUUUUACGUUCUCUUUACAACGGAUACUUUUAUUUACCAUCGAUCCAAUCAGAUCAAUCCCACUUGCUGGAAAAAACUUUAUCAAUCGAACUUCGUAACAAUGAAUAUCGUUAUAGCAAGAAAACAGUUUCCCAAAUUCCGAAUGUAAUAUCUACUAAAUUGAAUUAUUCCGAAGCCAAUUUUCGUUUGUCAUCAUCUCCACCGAUUUUGUGGCUCGAUAUGUAUGGUGAUCCACACUGGAAUGAAGCUGCCGAACGUGAAAUGUAUACCUAUUUAUUAGAAAAACAGACUAUUGACGAUAGUAGAUCAAAUGAUAAAAUAAUUGAUGAAUGUCUCGAGCGACCAUUGUUCAUUAUUAAUCAACAGGGAUGGGGUUUUUUUAGUCGCGUUCACCGUUUUCUUGAACAAUUUGGUCAAACACUAUACAGCCCAUGGAUGGCUCUUCUAUCUAAUUAUCGUUUUUCAGUUUCGAAUGCAGGCCGUGAUGAUUUUCUCAAUGAAGGUAUAGUUCGCUAUUUCGAUCCUAUUUCAACAUGUUCGAAAUUUAUUCGCCAUUCCCGAUUGGAACCUAUUCGAAAGCGUCUACGUGGGGCUAAUCAAAAUUCGAUGUCUGUAUCAAAAAUAGACGAUCUUUUGUAUGAAAAUCAGCGUAAAAUGAAUGUCAAAUUCAGGUUAUUAGACAAGAGUACUGUGUGGGCUUUUGGCUAUGAGCAUAUACCUCAUCGUCGCGCAUUAUUUGAUUAUAAUCGCGGGCCUCUUGACUACAGUUAUUCUUUUGCAUACUUAAUUAAUCAUACAUACGAACAUAUGUAUCAUGAACCAUCGUUAUCUUCAGUUUAUCUCAACACAUGGAAAUCACGUAAUCGACCAUGGGGAAAAUCAGCGAUCAAUUUACCAGGUAAAUCCUAUCAAGUAACAUGGCAAGAUCGUUUAUUUUCAUCGUUUCUUUAUUACAUGUUUGCACGUUUUUUCCAUCAACCCGCACCACGAAUUCGUCAACUGACGCAUCUUCUUGUCGAUCAUUGGUCAACAUAUUUAAAUGACAAAAAUGGACAAUCUUUAGAUGCUCUAGGUGGUUUAUUUAUCCGUCGUGGUGAUUGUGCCGAUAUUGAUUGCACGCUUCGAUGA